AUGUGGCUUCAAAAAUACACAGCUUGGGGUUAUAACGUUGGAUUAAGAAUUGCUUCUGAUCACUCUCCUCUAUUAGGAUGUUGUGCUAGUAUUCCAAAGCCUUCUAAUGUACCAUUUAAGUUUCAAAAAAUGUGGAUAUCUCAUCCUCAAUUCCUGGAUGUAGUUAAAGAUUUGUUUGGAAAUAUUCACAAACAAAUCAAAGAAGCAGAAACUCAAGUUCAAGCAUCAAUGUUAAAAUUAGAUACUUGUCCUCUUGAUACUAAUGUUUUGGAAGAACUUGGGCAGGCUGAGAACAUCUACAAUUCAAGAGAAGUGCAGUUAAGUACUCUGUUAAAGAAAAAGUAUAAAAUAAGAUGGAUUAAAGAUGGUGCAACAAAUACAGAUUCCUUCCACACUUCUCUUAAAAUUAGGCAAGCUAGAAAUUGCAUAAGUGAGCUUGAGGAUGCAAAUGGAGAUAUUAUCACAGACCAAAAGAAGAUUGCAGAGACAUUAAUUCAUCAUUUUGAGAAAAAAAUUGAAUAUAAGGAAAUAGAGAAAGUUGAUUCAUUGUUAGAAGCAACUCUUUCAGUUAUCACAGAAGAAGAUCAACAAAUGUUAGAUGCUAUUCCAAAUGAAGAAGAGAUUAAUAAUACUCUCUUUAACAUGGAUCCUGACAGUUCUCCAGGUCUAAAUGGGUUUUCAGGCAGUUUUUAA